CGGAGGGCGAGCGGGAAACUGAAAAGAGGAAGGACGCAGGAAAAAGCAAGGUGGUUGCCCCCUCUUCUCCUCCUUUAUUUUUUAUCUUUACUUCUGGUCUCCACCACCGUCUUCUCCUCCCCCUCGUUCCUUUCUACGCGGAGGAGAGGUUUUGUUUUUUUCCCUUUGCGAACGAGACGCAAUGGAGAUCGCCAUGGGGAGCUUCUCCAUUCGGGAGUACACAGAUAAGAUGAGGAGCGUGGAUUCCAAGAAGUGCUGGCCGUUCGAUGGGCACACGGAUGGAGGGGAGAAGGGGCGGUCGCUUCCGCCGAUCUCGUCGCGGAAGUUCCGAUGGUGGUUCGACGAGCUCCAGAGGCAACGAUCGGCCGGAAAGAAGCCGGAGGAAGUCGAUGAUAGGGUUGAGGUCGAGAAGAACGGGAAUAAGAAGGUGAUUCGUGGAUCGAUCAGCGAAUCCAUGGUCAAAACCCCGCCCGUGGAGCCAACGGUGAACGAGAACUCCGGCGCGGUGGCGGGUGUGGAGGAGGAUGGUAGGCUGGUGAGAGUUGCUGCUAGGGGGAAGCAAAGGGCGCCCAAGAAGCGGUCCAUCGCUGAGCUGUUUGCUGUGGCGCCGCUGGUCGAGACCUUCGAAGAUGACGCCAACGGCAGUGACGGACGAGAAGAACCGGAAGAAGACGGAGAAGAUGGGGGAGAAAGAGAUCAAGAAGUCGAGGUGAGGGAUCUGGGAGUUGUGGUCAAAGGCGGUGGAGAAUAUCUGGAGCCACCGAGGAAGAGAAAGGUACUGGGUUUGAAAGACGAUUGUAAGAAGAUGGGGAAGGUGGGGAAAAAGAUUAAGGAAAAGAUCAAGAAGAAGUCGAAAAACAACAAGCUCAGGGUCGAGAUCUGCGCUGCUGAAAAGGAGAAAAUUGGCAAGUCCAAAAUGCCAUCUCCAGUUGCUAUUCCUCGCAUCCUCCAGAAUAAAUUGCAUAACAAACAGUUCAGGAGGAUACGUAGGAACCUUAUUGACAGACAAAAGAAAACUAUUACAGCAAAAACUUUGCCAAAGAAGCGUAACUUCAACCUUAAUCGGACUUCAAGGUUGAUCUCUAGGAAUCAGAAGGAGGUGACAAGGGCACUCCCGCUACGUAGUAUUCUCAAGAACCGGAAAGGAGGUACUUCUGUCAAGAAGGAUAAGACAAUAGGUGAUGCGCAGGGCAGAAAUUUCAUCAAACUUUAUUGUGAAUCAGCAAAGCAUGUCAGUUUUUCCGGCAAGGAUGACAUACUCGGCUUAAACAAAAGACAUUCGCCUAUGGAGCUGCCUCAUUUGCAGAACCUAUGCAAAAUAUUCUCCGACAUCUUGGCUGCAUCAUCAGCUAUGGACAAUUUGAGCAAAGUUGAUAAAUGUCCAACUCCUACUGAGGGAGCUCAGGUGGUGAAUUCAAGUGAUACAGAUUUGGCUACAAGUGUAGAGGGGACAAAUGGAACUUUAUCUGAAGAGAAACAAUUGAGUGAUUCUUGUGGUCAUUGCAACCCCUGGAGCUUUACUGAUCCAAGAAAAGGGAAGUCUCCUGAAACAAAGGGGACGCCCUUGUGUGAAUCUGUAGACUUAAAUUAUGCCGUACAGGAUUGUAGUGAAUUGAGUUGCUUUCGACUGGAUUGCUCAACCAUGUCACAUACUGAUGCUUAUUCAGGUAAUGCAGAGGAUCUGAAUCCUAUUCGUAAAGCCAAGUCGAAUUGUGUUGCUGAAACUCACGGGGAACAAAGUGCUCAAAUGACAGCAGAUGAUAUAAGAAAUCAACAUAGUCCCAUUGAGAAGUGUGUACCAAGUUCUAAAUCAAGAAGCUCCCUGACCCUAACAGGAAAUCCAGGUUUACAACACUCAACAUCAUCUAUGGAAAAGGGUUUGGAAGCCAAUAAAGGACAACACCCUCCAUGUGUGGACUCCAUAGAUUUCUGCAGUCAACAACCAAGAUUUCAGCCAGUGCGCCAUCAUUCUCCUGAACGUUUGAUGAGUAGCAUAUCCUCUUCAGUUGGAUCAAAAGAAUUUGGUGAGUCCAAAAUAACAUCAGAUCUGAUGUCUAGGUGUAGGGAUAAGAGAAUUGAUGAAGACUUUAUUAGUUUGCCACUUAAUUCACAGGGAGAACUAAUGCAGUUGCGUUCUAAUACCAAGUCUGCUUACAGUGAUUUCUAUGAGAAGCAAGACUCAGUACGGAAUUCUGUCUGUAAUGUCCCGCUUCCCAAUUAUGUUGAGCCAAAUUGCAGCCAUGUUAAAUUAAAGGGGAAGUUUAUUUGUGCAUCUUUGUACCAAAAGAAUCGGUCAAAUUGGUCCUUGGACGGGUACUACCCCGCUAGCAAAGUGGCAACCUCUGGAUUGGGUUUUACUGACUUGCAAGGAUUUGUAAGAAUGGAAAUGCAGAAUCACAAGGAUUUUGAACAAUCUACUCAUUGUGAUCCAAAUGAAAUGGAAGUAUCUUGUUGUGCAUGCAGGGAAUGUAAUAAAACUGAACAUUAUGUCGACAGAGUGAACUUCCAUGCAGAAAUGAAAUUGGACAAGAAGUUUCAACCUGCUACCCAGCCAACGAUGCGUUUGAUGGGUCAAAAUGUCGCCGUUGGUAGAAGUAAUGAAGAAUGCCUCGGAUUUAAUGAUGGAAAGACAUGGACUGAGAAGGAACUAAUAGCUCAAAACUGCCCCUCUAUAACAGUGUCUGAUAAGCCCUUUUUGCAGAGAUGGUUUCCAGGGGAAUCAGUUGAGAAUGCAGAAUCUGUUUCAUCAACAGAAAAUUUUUUCAAGUCAUUAGAAGUUCCAUCAAGCUUUUACCCUAUGCCAGCAACUGAAUUUAGAUCGAAUCCUAUGCAUCUUGAUUUCCAGCCACAAUGGUCAUUGGGAAGUGAGAUAUCCCCAGCCAUAGAGAGUCAUGGUUAUGAUGUGGACCUAUUUGGCCAUUCAGUUCCUCAGCAUUUGCUGAAAAAGACAUACAGUGCUGUAGUCAAUUGUAACUCGGGAACUCAGCAUGUCAAGAGGGAGCAUCAGCAACCUGUGUUGGGAUCCUACCCUCAGAAUGUCAACCGGCAUAUGCUUCUAAAUCCUGCUUGUCCUGACCAGGACUCUUGGAGCUUUUCACGAACACCUAUAGCUCAUUCUCCAACCCUUCCUCACUGGCUGCUAAAUGCAACACAGCAGAAGAAACUCCAGCAAUCAUCUUGUCCUUAUUCGGCCCCUCUUUCUGCACACCAACCCAGUGUUAUACAUGGAAACAACGUUUUCACCUUUUCUUCUCCAUAUCCGACACCUGCAAUUUCUUUUCCCUUUUAUGGUAGCAAUACUUCCCAAACAUAUAGCUUACCUGGUCCAGCUCCUGUGGUUCACCAUUUAGCUAUUUCCGCCUUGGGGGCAAACAAAUCCCACCCAGCAGUCAAUACGAGCUAUAGAAGCAAGAAAAACAAGAACGUCAGGAAAUUUCAAUUUGCAAAUGUUAAGGGUCUUGAUUGUACCAACAGAACUAUAAAAAGGCCUGCAGAUAAAGGUGAUGCUUCUAUGAAUUCUGCAAAGAAGGUAAAUCUAAAUCUGCAAGAAGACUCGACCGUUCAAAAAGACACAGGGAGAAGAGAACAGAGGCAUGGAAAUAAAAAAUGUAGCAUAGGAUCAUCAGAAAUCAAUGCUUGUGGGAGUAAGAUAACUGAUGUUGGACUGCCAGCUUUAGGAAAUGAGGACAAUCUGGUAGUUGCAUCUGGGCCUGAUGCUUCAAAUUUCUAUCCACAGGAAAGCACAGGGUUUGUCAAACUUAGUGCAGGAGCAAAGCAUAUAUUGAACCCAUGUCAAAAUAUGGACCAAGAUAAAUAUCGACCAGUUCAUUCAACCAUACGUUUUGCUGUGGGAACUUCCUCUGACAGGAAACAGGGUUCUCAGAAUAAAGGAUCAAAAGUUUACGGGUUCUAGAGGUUCCUUAUAACCCAACAUGGAAGUUUCUGAAUGUUGAUUUCAUCUACAACUCCGUGUUUUACAAAACUGAUCAUCCGUAGGGGAACACUUCUGCUGUGGUUGAUAAAUAUUGUUGCCCGGAUCAGAUAUAAUAUGCUUUAUCUAACAGUAUCAUUUUGUAAACUCAAGUGUGCAUGAUAAACCAUCAGGUUUUGGGUUUUCCUAUCUUCUCUGUUUUUUCCUUUUAUGUAUCAGCUGCACCCUCAAGUGAUAUGGGUGAGGUAAUUUAAGUAUUUCUCCCUGAACUCAAGUAGCCUUGUGGUGUAUCUCCACGCCUUUUUUUCCCAUGUUUUCUCCGUGCAUGUAGUCUUGCUUAAA